AACCCAAAACUUACGAAAACAAAUAUGUUCUGGAAUCCAAGAAACAGCAAGUUCUUUGAUGAAAUGUUCAUUGGUAACUGGCAAUCAAUUUCAAGAAGUAAAUAGCUGAUGUUCUGUGCCAUUCACCUUACUUGUUCACCAUGUAAAUAUGAACUGCAUCAGUUUUCAAUCCCGUCUAUUUGCGCCUAAACCAGGUCAGAUAAGAUGCUGCAGACAAUCUCGAUCUAAUUAUUUAUUUUGUUAUAUUUCCCCAGAUUUUUAUGCUCCACUAAAUUCCUAUCAAGAAAACUGGCUUUUAAUUUUUUGCACUUCGCUCCGUAUAAGUAGUGGUUUAGAAGUGCACCUAAUACAUUUUAGUCGGUGUCACUGCUGGAACAUGAAGUUCUUCGUGUUGACCAGUGUUAUUUUAUUAAUUGCAACAUUGGCUACGGCUGAAGGGUCGAAUGGAAUUACGAUUUUGUCGAAAAUUUUGCGCCAGUACAUCAAUUCGCUGCCUGAGGAUGUGAGACUUGGUGAUGGUGUGCACAUUAUUAGUACGAGAAGUGAGAAUGAUGCAAGGGCUUUCGGGGAUGAUGCCACUCUGAUUGGAGCAGUUGAAAACUACCUAGACAGCCAUGAAGUGAGAAUUCGCCUACCAGAGCUGAUGCCUGGCGAAGGGUUUGGAAGGGCCUUCAAGACUGCAAUGGAUGAGGUGGAGAGCAAGGAGAACGAGAACGAAGGACGUGGUAAAGGAGGCGGCGGCGGAGGCGGUGGAGGCGGAGGAGUAAUGCUUAUGGGUUUGAUGAUGGGGAAACUGAUGGCCGCUCUCGGUAUCGGUGGGGUGGGAUUAUUGGCCAUGAAAGCUCUUAUGGUGUCAGCCCUGGCCCUUAUGCUCUCACUCAUCAUCGGGCUGAAGAAGCUGGUUCAUCAUGAUGAUGAUGACGGCGGUGGUCACCAUGUAAUUCACGCUGGUCACGGUCACGAAUACCAUCGAAAGAAGAGGGAAGCCAUCGAAAUGGCUUAUCAAGGAUGGGAGCAGUACAAAUCGCUUUAGUUUAGCGAUGUCUUUGUAAUUUAUUAAAUUAUUUAUUUAUUUA